AUGAAGCUUCUCACUGGACUCAUUUUCUGCUCCUUGGUCCUGGGAGUCAGCAGUCAAAGCUGGGUUUCAUUCCUUAGUGAGGCUUACCAUGGGGCUGGGGAUAUGUGGCGAGCCUACUCUGACAUGAAGGAAGCCAACUGGAAAAACUCAGACAAAUAUUUCCAUGCUAGAGGGAACUAUGAUGCAGCCCAAAGGGGUCCUGGAGGAGUCUGGGCUGCUGAAGUCAUCAGUGAUGCAAGAGAAGGCUUUCAGAGUUUCAUAGGCCGUGGACACGAGGACUCUAUGGCUGACCAGGAAGCAAACAGAUGGGGCCGCAGUGGCAAUGACCCCAAUCACUACAGACCUAAAGGACUGCCUGACAAAUACUGAGCAUCCUCUUUAUUGCCCCAGGAGGCUGUGAUGUGGGCCCUGAGGACAGGGACUGGGGUUCUUCUUUCUCAUGAACACUGGAGUUGCUUGGGAACACACAAUAGUUAUCUCACAUGAAUAUGGACCAAAAGUUUCAAAACUGUGUUAUUCUUGGAGUAGUAACUACUGCUUGA